AUGGAAAGAGAAGUGGCCACAUUAUUUGUUCCACAGGUCCUGGAGAGAAAUCCAGAUAGGAUGAGUGUUAUAUUUAUUAUGACAGUAGAUCCAAGUAAAAUAUCAACUUCAAUCACACCAUUUGCAAUGAUUGAUGAACACAGUGCUCUCCCACAAGAACAAGAAAUAUUAUUUACAAUCCACACUGUGUUUCGUGUUGGUGAAAUUAAACAGACGGCUGAUAAUAGUCGUCUUUGGGAAGUACACUUGACUAUUACUGAUGAGAGUGAUCCACAACUGGCUGGUCUUACUGAUUGCAUCAAAGAGGAGAUCGACGGUAGAGGAUGGCAUCGAAUGGGCAAAUUAAUGUUCAAAGUGGGUCAUUUCUAUCAAGCUGAGGAACUCUACAAUGAAUUACUCGACAAUGCUUCGGAUGAUAUUGAGAGGGCACAUAUCUAUCACCAACUUGGAUGGUUGAAAGACGCUCAAGGUGAAUACCAACAAGCAGUUACUUUCUACAAAAAAGCACUCGAAAUCGACCGGAAAAUGCAUCCAGAAGAUGAUGCUUCAUUAGCGUUUACUUAUAAUAACAUUGGUGGAGUGUAUAACGAUAUGGGUGAAUACUCGAAAGCACUGGAAUAUUACGAAAAAUCACUCAAAAUAAGAGAAAAAGCUCUGCCUCCGACUCAUCCCGAUUUGGCUAGUUCCUACAACAAUAUCGGUCAUUUAUAUGAAGAAAUGGAAGAGUACUCAAAAGCACUUCCACUUCUAGAAAAAGCACUUGGUAUCCUUCGAAAAUCCCUUCCUCCAACACAUCCAAAUAUUAAAAACGUGUUGAAUGCUAUUGAUCGUGUGAAAGAGAAGUUGUAA